UUGAUCAAUUGAUUGGUGUUCAUUGAAAGACGAACAGUACAAAGGGGGUAUAGCACAGAAGGCAUGACCUCCUCCAAGAUUACAGAGAGAGAAGGGGCAAACUAUAUAUCCUAUAGGAAGGACUUCACUCUCUAGCUAGAAACCAGGUUGGCAUAGAGUCAAAAACAGUAAACCACCAGAUCUACCCCGCCGGAAAAUCGCAUCAGGGACAUUCCUCAUCGCUUCCGACACCUUACCGGAAACAAAAUUGGCUCCGGCCACACCGCAACUACACUCUACCAACCCUUCCCCAAACCGAGACGCAGCGUACAAAGGCGCGUGGGAUAUUUUUCUGAGCAAUCCAGAUACUGAGCCUCAGCAGUUUGAAGUUUGAACGCUUCAUUGAUUAAUAAAACAGCUCGAUCUGAGCUAUAUAUAUACAUAGCUCUAUGCUGGUGGAGGUAUCAAUAGUUGCUUCAAAGUUCCUCCAGUACACAACCAAGCCAGUUGAACGGCACGUUGGUUAUCUAUUUAGUUACAAGCACAACCGCAAGAAACUAAAAACUGAGGCUGACAUCUUAAUUGGUAUAAAAGAUACUUUAAAGGAGAGCAUUGCUAGGGAUGAAGCAAAUGGUAAAGUAAUAAGACCUGAUACCAUGAAGCUGCUUAAAAGAAUGGAGGAUAUCAUUGGACAAUAUGAACAAGACACGGGACAAUAUGAACAAGCCAAUCGGGACGCAAACACCAAGUGUCUACUCCGGUGCUGUCCUAACCCAGCUGUCCACUAUCAGCUAAGCAAGAAAUCGAAAAAGUUGUUGAAGCUGUUGAUGAAACUGUUGAUGGAACUAUAUAAGGAGGACUUGACAAACAUUUCCUUCCCUGUUCCCGUACCGCAUAUGAGUAAGGCAUCUACCGGGGAUAACAAGGCUUUUGAAUCCAGGAGUGCAAUUUUGCAGGAAAUCAUAAAUGAAUUGGCAAAUCCUGAAACCCUUCGAAUUGGAGUGCAUGGUACUCAAGGUAUUGGGAAGACCACAUUUGCUCAAGAAAUUUACAGGCGAGCCAAGAAUGAAGAGGAGAAGGACAGGUUAUUUGAUGAUGUGGCUAUGGUACUAAAUUUGAAUGAAAAUCCGGACACUCAGAUAAUUCAGAAGGAAAUUGCUGAAAUGCUAGGUUUAGCUUUCUCUGAAAACCAUGACUCAAGACUAAGAGCGCAGUGUCUAACCAACAGGAUAAAGGGGCACAAGGUUCUCAUCAUUUUAGAUGGUAUUCUGAACGAAAUUGAUCUGGAAAAUCUGGGAAUUUCAAGUAUGCCAACUUGUAAAGUAUUGUUGACAUCUACAAGUCGUGAAGUACUAUCCACUAUCAUGGGUAUAGAAAAAGAUUUUAAACUUACCGCGUUAACAGAAGAUGAAAGUUGGCAAUUAUUUGAGAGGACAGUAGGUGAUCGUGUUGUUGCUGAUCGCAGCAUACAAUCCGAAGCGAAGCGAGUAGCCAAAACAUGUGGAGGCUUUCCAGGCUUGAUUGUAAAACUGGGGCGCAUUAUGAAGAAUCGAACUACCUUACCUGCAUGGAGAGAUGCCUUGAAACACAUGGAGACAUUUGAUCAUAUUACUCCAAUAGAUAGCUGGACAGCAAUCGAAUACCGGGUUAAAAUUCUAGAGUGGAGUUACGUGGACUAUGAGAUACACUCACCCGCACAAGUCGGGCUUAUAAUGGAAAAUGAGUCUGGUCUUCUGCAACCUUUCUUGGAUAGCAAGGUUGAGUUACCCAACAUAACAAGAUUGGUGAUUCGUAAUUGCCGUUCAACGUUCUUGUUGAUACCUUCUGUGGCUAGAGCCCUUGUGCAACUGAAACGUUUAGAGAUACAUGACUGUGACAUCAUGGAAGAAAUCGUGGAGACUCAGGAGGUUGGUAAUGAAAUUACCGGUAAGAUGUUUAGUAAGCUAAAUUAUCUAAAGAUCAUAGAUCUUCCAAGGCUCCGCAGAUUUUGCUUAGGAAGCAAUAUUGAAUUUCCAUCACUGGAAGAACUUCAAAUUAAGGGAUGUAAAGAGAUGGAGAACUUCAUCCAUGAUCCGUCGAGUGAAAAUGUUACAGGAUAUAAAGUAAAUGAAGUGAGUACCUCUAAGAAUCUGCAGAUUGCUGAACAAUGCUUUCUCUUUGACGAAAAGGUAAGAAUUCCUAAAGUGAAGAAAUUAUUCCUCCAUGGCUUCGAUAAAUUGACGAGGAUAUGGCGCAGCCAACUUGUUGCCCGGAAUUCAUUUGGCAGUGUCAAAGAACUUGAAGUUAGAGGUUGCCCGAGGCUAACCGAGAUAUUUCCGCCUCGUGAUAACUUUCUUGUUAAUCUUACCUUGAUGAAUGUGGAGCGGUGUCAUUGUUUGAAAACUAUAUUUCCUUCCUCAGUGGCUAGAUAUGAUCUUAAACUGCUGGAGAAGAUGUUCGUGAAGAACUGUGCAGAAAUGGAGGAAAUUGUUUCAAACGAAAAUGAAACAAAAGCAGUGCAACAGUUGGUUUUCCCAAAAUUGGUAUUGUUGUGGUUUAAGGAUGCUCCCAAACUGAAGGGCUUCUAUCAGGGAAGGCAUACUAAACUCAUUUGGCCGGCACUUCGGGACUUCAGGAUAGUUGGGUGUCCCCAGUUAACGGAUGACAUAUGCCAGACCACAUUUAACAGAGUUCCUACAAAAGCAUUUUCACAUCGGGGAUGGACUUGAUGAGCUUGAUUGAGUUGGACGUAUUGUACAUGAACUGUGUGUUUUUUCCCCCCUAUUGUGAGUACAUGAAGGCGACGCAAUCACGUUAUGUAACAGAUCUCAUUUCUCAUUUCUCCACCAUUCAAAAGCCUGUUUUGGUAGAAGUCUUUGUUCCCAGUUAGGUUCAAUAGUUCUUGGAUUCGGGUCACUGAGCACACCUUGUAAGAAACAUAAUUCCGAUUCUGUUAGGAACUUUCAUCAAAGUGAGGCAUUUUCCUACUA